GUGGCCUGCCGUGCGCUGCCCAACAAUGUUUCAAAUUUGCAGUUGCACAGAGUCUGGACCAAAGAGAUCCAGAGCCUGGCAAGUGAGGAUCGAGUUCGUUGGCAACUUCUUGCAGAUGACUUUGCGAAGGCAGUUCAACUUUUAGCGCUGCUUCAAAAGGCAGAUGCAGAGGACUUGAUGCGGUCAGCACAGAACGUGCUGAAAGCCUCCGAACAGAGCACACUCCCUUUACUUGAAAUGCGCUCACGCGAGUCUUUGCGCUUGCCAAAGGAAGAUCUGGCUGAGAUCCUUGAUGAACAGUUCCUGGUAGAGGUGACGCAGGCUGAAGCUGCCUGCAGCUCUUUGGAGCCGCGCGAACAGGAGCAACUCACGGAAUCGACGGAGCCCCCGGAAGCCACCGAAAGCAAGGGGCAAAAGAAGCUGCAGAAGGGGAAAAAAUACCGCCUCGUCACGAAGGCCAAGAAGAUCCGUGCGCUUUCCAGCGAAGAUCCAACAGACACAUGA